AUGGAUACUGUAAGUGAAAAGUCACAAAUAGAAGAUGUACUAGAUAAAAUACUUCCUGGUAAGGACCUGAAUUUGGUUACGUUAAAAAGUGUAAGGAAAGACGUGGCAGAUUUUUUGAAUGUUGAAGAAUCUUAUUUUUCAGAGAAUAAAGAAAAGAAGGAAUUAUUAAAAACUAUAUUAAAAGAGAAAAUUUUGAUAUUAUAUAAUGAACAACAAAAUGAGGAAAAAAAAAAAAAAAAAAAAAAUUCUCAGAGUGAUAUUUCAGAAAAGAAAGAAAAAUCUAAAGCUGAUUUACAAAAAAGUGAAUCGAAAAAUAAUAAUUUAAAAAAAAAAAGAAAAAUUAUUGAAAGUGAAGAAGAAACCAAUAUUAAUUCAGAUGAAGAAGAAGAAGAAGAAGAAUUUCAGAGAAAAAAACCAAAAAAGCAAAAAAAUAGUAAUGUUUCUACAUUAUCCUUAUUAGAAAAAAAAAAAAAAAAAAAAAGAGAUAGUGAGUCAUCUAAUAAUAAUGAUUAUAACGACGAAUAUGACGAAGAUGAUGAUGAACAAGAAGAAGAAGAAAGCCUUUCAAAAAAAAAAAGCAAAAAGAAAAAUUCAACAACUUCUCCUAAAGUUAAAAAUGUCCAUACAAUAAAAAAAGAAAAAUUAAGAAAAAUUGUAUUAGACUUAAAAAUAGGACCAACCAUUUUUAAAGAUUUGAACAAAGAAGAUGACGAAGAUUAUAAUAAGAAAUUAGAAGAACGAAUUAUACAAUACUGUGAAAAAAAAGGAAUAUGUUCAGAAAAAAAUAAAUUACCAACACCUACCGAAGUAUAUGAAUAUAAAAAAAGUAUUAAAUUAAAAGAGGAACUUGAUGGUAUUGAUCCUUCUAAUAUUAUAGAUACCACAACAAGACCAAGAAGGAGAAAUCCUAACCCUUACAUAAGCCAGUCAUUUGUAGCUUCGGAUGAAGAAGAGGAAGAGGAAGAAGAUAAUGAAGAUGAUGACGAUGAUGAUGAAGUGGUACAUGAAGAAGGAGAAGGAGAAGCAGAUGAAGAAGAAAAUGAUAAAAAGAAGAAAAAAAAAUUAAGUAAGGAAAAGAAAAAGAAAUCUGACAAAAAUAAAAAACAUGAUGAAGAUGCAGAUGAAGAUGCAGAUGAAGAUGUAGAUGAAGAUGUAGAUGAAGAUGACGGGGAUGAAAAGGAUGAAGAGGAUGAUGAAGAUGAAGAAGAUGAAGAAGAUGAAGAUGACGACGACGAAGAAGAUGAUGACGAUGAUGACGAUGAAGAUGAUGAUGAUGAUGAUGACGAUGAAGAUGAUGACGAAGAUGAUAAAGAUGACGAAGAAGAUGAUGAUUAA